GUUUUAACUCACUUGACAACAUUCAAACUAACGAAAAUAGUGAUGUUGUUGGUGCAACUAACGGGACUAGCUGUCCUGAUAAGCAGCGCAUAUACCGGGAGGUCGUCUCAAACCCGUUAUAUACCUCCUGGGCAGGAGUACACCGGUCCGUGUAUCGGAGGAUAUAAAACGUACAGUAGAAAAGACUGUGUGGAUACUUAUGAGAAACUUAACAAACAAAACGCAUACAAAGGAUUGAGCAUACAGCAGUAUGCAUGGCAGUGUGAUCAUAUGUUCAAAUGGUCGGCUAGCGCGGCGAACAAGACAGGAGCUGGGUCAGGUUUCACAAGUAGCCAGUCGAAUUGGCUAAAAGGACUUUUAAACCAUCUAGUAGAUGCAUUAAAAGGAUCCAAGCCAUCGAGAAAAUGCCAU